GAAUGUCCCGAAGGCGUUGUGCAUGAAGAAUGCUUCAAAGAAAUCUACGCAAAGUUCUUUCCACAUGGCAGUAAGUAUUCGUAUAAGAUUAUUGCCAGAUAUUUGACACUAAAGAAUUUAAUGGUAUUGUGUAUACGCCGAUGUGUUACACAUGACUUUCUCAAUAUACUGUCAACACUGCUGCGCGGUACAGUGUACGACAAAGUUAAAUGGACCUUCAAAUUGUACGAUGUGAAUGGUGAUGGUCGAAUAUCACGUGGCGAAAUGAGCGAUUUAUUUCAUUCGAUACACGAGCUAAUGGGUCGACGACCGCACCAACCGGAGGAGGAUCGAAAAGCCAAAGAUCAGUUGGAACGCACCUUCCGUUCAUUUGAUCCACAC